CGCUCGAGCGCCCGGACCCUCCUCGCCCACUUCCCGCCGAGCGGCCCCGGGCUCCGCCGGCCGCCCGGCCCCGUCCGCUCUCCCUCCCCGCUCCCGCCCUCUCGGCUCUUCCUGUUUUGACUCCUCCUUUUCAUUCAUAACAAAAGCUACCGCUCCGGGAGCCCGGCGCCCGGCUGAAUCCGAAGCCCAGCGUGGAAGAAUGGGGUUCCUUUGGACCGGCACCUGCAUUCUGGUGCUGGUGCUCCAGAGUAGCCCGAUCCAAGCCUUCCCCAAACCCGGAGGCAGCCAAGACAAGUCUCUGCAUAAUAGAGAAUUAAGUGCAGAAAGACCUUUGAAUGAACAGAUUGCUGAAGCACAAGCAGACAAGAUUAAAAAAACAUACCCUCCAGAAAACAAGCUAGGUCAAAGCAAUUAUUCUUCUGUUGAUAACUUGAACCUGCUAAAGGCAAUAACAGAAAAGGAAAAAAUUGAGAAAGAAAGACAAUCCAUAAGAAGCUCCCCACUUGAUAAUAAAUUGAAUGUGGAAGAUAUUGAUUCAACCAAGAAUCGAAGACUGAUUGAUGAUUAUGAUUCUACUAAGAGUGGCUUGGAUCAUAAAUUUCAAGAUGAUCCUGAUGGCCUUCAUCAACUAGAUGGAACUCCUUUAACUGCUGAAGACAUUGUCCACAAAAUUGCUACCAGGAUUUAUGAGGAAAAUGACAGAGGAGUGUUUGACAAGAUUGUUUCUAAACUGCUGAAUCUUGGCCUCAUCACAGAAAGCCAGGCACACACACUGGAAGAUGAGGUAGCCGAGGUUUUACAAAAAUUAAUCUCAAAGGAAGCCAACAAUUAUGAGGAGAAUCCCAAUCAACCCACAAGCAGGACUGAGAAGCAGGCUGGAAAAAUAACAGAGAAAGUGACUCCAAUGGCAGCAAUUCAAGAAGGUUUUACUAAUGGAGAAAAUGAUGAAACGGUAUCUAACACCUUAACCUUGACAAAUGGCUUGGAAAGGAGAACUAAAACCUACAGUGAAGACAACUUUGAGGAACUCCAAUAUUUCCCAAACUUCUAUGCAUUACUGAAAAGCAUUGAUUCAGAAAAAGAAGCAAAAGAGAAAGAAACACUGAUUACUAUCAUGAAAACAUUGAUUGACUUUGUGAAGAUGAUGGUAAAGUAUGGAACAAUCUCUCCAGAAGAAGGAGUUUCCUACCUUGAAAACUUGGAUGAAAUGAUUGCUCUUCAGACCAAAAACAAGCUAGAAAAAAAUGCUACUGACAAUAAAAGCAAGCUUUCCCCAGUGCCAUCAGAAAAGAGUCAUGAAGAAACAGAUAGUACCAAGGAAGAAGCUGCUAAGAUGGAAAAAGAAUAUGGAACCUUCAAGGAUUCCACAAAAGAUGACAACUCUUUCCCAGGAGGAAAGACAGUUGAACCAAAAGGGAAAACAGAAGCCUAUUUGGAAGCCAUCAGAAAAAAUAUUGAAUGGUUAAAGAAACAUGACAAAAAAGGAAAUAAAGAAGAUUAUGACCUUUCAAAGAUGAGGGACUUCAUCAACCAACAAGCUGAUGCUUAUGUGGAGAAAGGCAUCCUUGAUAAGGAAGAAGCUGAGGCCAUCAAGCGCAUUUACAGCAGCCUGUAAAAAUGGCAAAAGACCCGAGUCUUCAGACUUUUCAAAAAACAUAAUAUAGCUUAAAACACUCCUAAUUCUGUGAUAAAAGGUUUUUUGAACCAAGGAUUAUUAGAAAGUGCUGAAUUUACAGUAGUUAACCUUUUAGUAGUGGUUAAAACAUAGCGUUCUUGCCAUAAAAACUAUCUGAAAAGUAAAGUUGUAUGUGAGCUGAAAUUUUGAAUGUAGAAUCCUUAUUUCCUCAUAGACUAAACAUCUUAUAAUCAAGAGGUAUGCUGCUUUGAAAAAGUCCUCUAACAGACCGAACAUAAAACUAACUCUUCUUUCCACUAUCUCACACACACAAACACUCUUGGAAGAAUUAAAGAGGUUCCGUUUUCAAGGCAUGCGGGGUGCCAAAGCACCUUGUAGAAUGUCUGCUAAAGAUGUCAUCUCCACGAGUGGUUCUCUUUUGGGAGUUGAAAUAAAUUCACCCUUUUCUCAAAGCCUCAUAGCUUCAGGAAAGCCAUCUGCUUUUUUGGCUGCUCUUUUCAGCUGGCUCUUGAUAGGCCCAGAGGCACACAAAGGAACCUGGAAAAUGGCUAUAGGGUUUGCUGGAUUUAUUAACAAUUUCUCCUGCUCUUAACAUUUCCUAUUAGUGAGUUUUCAGACAUGGCGUUAACUUAUAAAGAGGGAUAUUUAUGUACUCGCCAAGAGGACAAAGGAAGUCAUAAACACAGUAUAAAGCAAGGUAAAAAUAUAUGCCAGAUCUCAGUUAUCUAAACUGGAUUUGAUCCAAGCCGAGGUUCCUCAACAGAGAGCAAAGGGCCAGACAGUGAACUUCAGAUCCCUGCAAUUCUACUCUUCCUCAGUCACACCAUCAACAUGGCCCCUGGAAACAACCAUCGAGUGGCCUGAGGUCCACUUGAAAUGUGAAUGGUUGAUCGCCCUAAAACAGAGAAUGUUUUCAAAAUGUAUUAUUCAGUGUAAAUUAACUACAUAAUUAUUUUUCCAUAUAUUGGCUUGAAAUUGUAAAACUAACAUAAUGCUUUGUGUAUUCGUGGUCACUACUUCUGGUUCACAAAAUGGCCUUCUGAUGCCUCCAUUGCUGAAUGCCCUGCCUAGUAUUCAACUGUUUGGUGAGGACUGGGAAACUUACAGGGAAGCGAUAAGAGGCUGUCUUUCACGGGCAGGGGACAUUGCUGUUCCUUCCCAUCCUCCAGUUGCAAAAACAAACAUAAACCAAAGCCUGACACACACAUACAAACUUAACUCUGUAUGUUGUAGAGAAGCCAGUAUCCAUUGGUGAGUGGCUAGAGGCAAGGAACUAAAAACUCCUUGACCCAAUGAGUCACAGUGUUUUAAUGAGUCAUCUCUGAUAAUAUGACCAACUCUACUUCAGCCACGCCCAAACAGGCUGCUUCUCCAUCAGACAAUGAACUGGCUCUGGCUAAAGCACUUUAUCCAUUCACUUUUCUAUAAUGUCUGUAAGUAUCUAUGCAGUUGUUUUUUAAAAAUAAGAACUUCGCUUAAGGAGUUUAUUGUAGUUUUCAAAGUACAUUGGCAUCCAUUAGCUCCUAUCCAUAACCAAGACAUAAGGAAGAUCACCAGUCUUGUUUUGAAAAUGAGGAAACUGGCUCACAAAGUGAACAGGACACAAGAUAUGCUUAAGCUCCUGCGGCCAAGAAGUGGGAAAGCUGCAACUGGAAUCCAGGUUUCUUCUCUCCCAGCCCACGCCUCCAACAACUCCAUGGACUAAAGUACUCUAGUCCAGUCCAGUUCAACUGGGGCCAAAAAGAAUUCAAAGUUACUAAUAACUUGAAGAUGAGCAAUGUUUUGGCUGGAAAUUACUAAAAGAAACCUUAGUCAAAAAUAAAAUACUCAGAAAAAUG